CGAGACGCCGCCCGGGGGCCCCCGGCUUCCCCCGAGUUCAGAAAUGUCUAGAAAUGGCCAAGAACCGUUUUUUGUGAAGUUUUUAAAGUCGCCAGCCAACUCUGAAUGUUUUUUUAAAGCUCUGGAGUCCAUAAAAGAAUUCCAUUCUGAAGAAUAUCUUCAGAUGAUCACAGAAGAAGAAGCAAUACAGAUGAAGAAGAAUGACAGAUCACUUUAUAUCUGUGACCCUUUUAGUGGCCCUGUUUUUGAGCAUCUUAAAAAGCUUGGCUGUCGAAUUGUUGGCCCUCAGGUCGUCCUGUUUUGUAUGCGCCACCAGCAGUGCGUCCCAAGAGCAGAGCAUCCCGUGUACAACAUGGUUUUAUCUGAUGUAACUGUAUCUUGUACAAGCCUGGAGAAAGACAAGAGGGAAGAAGUUCAUAAAUACGUGCAGAUGAUGGGCGGACAAGUGUACAGAGACCUCAACAUAUCAGUAACUCACCUCAUUGCUGGAGAAGUGGGAAGCAAAAAGUACUUAGUUGCCGCCAACCUAAAGAAACCUAUAAUGCUUUCUUCUUGGAUAAGAACCCUGUGGGAGAAGUCACAGGAGAACAAGAUAGCUAGGCACACUGAGGUCAACAUGGAGGAUUUCCGGUGUCCCGUCUUCCUCGGUUGCGUCAUCUGCGUGACGGGCUUGGGUGGCGCCGACAGGAAGGAGGUCCAGCAGCUCACCGUGCAGCACGGGGGCCAGUACAUGGGGCAGCUGAAAAUGAACGAGUGCACACACCUCAUAGUCAGAGAACCCAAAGGACAGAAAUACGAGUGCGCCAGGAAGUGGAAUGUGCACUGUGUGAGCACGCGGUGGUUUUUUGACAGUGUGGAGAAGGGCUUUUGUCAGGAUGAGUCUAUGUACAAGGUAGAGCCCGCACCGGCAGCCAGGAGCGGGCCCAACACGUCCACCCCCACCGGCCCUGGCAGCACCUCGGAGAUUCAAGCUCUUUCCAACGUCAGCCGCAUUUCCAGCGUAAGCGGAAGUUACAUCAAUGAGUCAGUAUGCAGUUCGGCUCUCAGCAGCAAGUUGGACUCCACUGCUGAGAACCUAGACACCCUGGACAUCAGUGCCUUUCAGGCCCCUGAGGAUUUGUUAGACGGCUGCCGGAUCUACGUGUGCGGUUUUAGUGGCCGAAAGCUGGACAAACUGAGAAGACUUGUAAACAGCGGAGGUGGCAUCCGUUUUAAUCAGCUUAGCGAAGAUGUAACUCACGUCAUCCUGGGAGAUUACGAUGAUGAGUUGAAGCAGUUUUGGAGUAGAUCGGCCCACAGGCCUCACGUGGUGGGAGCCAGGUGGCUGCUGGAGUGCUUCAGCAAAGGCUAUCUGCUUCCCGAGGAGCCCUACCUGCACACGCGCUACCAGCCCGCAGAGAUCGCAGCGGCAGAUCAGCCUGAAAGUAAAGCAGCUCCUUCCAACAAGAGCAACGGCGGCUUCUGUGCACCCCACGUCACCCCCCGGGAGGCUCCGGAGCCGGCCGAUGAGGAGCUGCUGUCCCAGUACGCCAGCAACGACUCCACAAUAGUUCUACCUAAGGAGCCUGCAGCGUCCUUGGCAUGUGAGGCUGGGCCCCGGGACGGCCGCCCUGGCCAGGAGCCCCUGAGCGACUCCACCCACAUCUCCCCGCCCCGCGGCCCGUCUCCCGCCAGCCCCUGCGGCCCCGAGGACGCCGCGCUUGGUGAAGAAGGGUUAUUCCAACGGAAGACAUUCCUGAUUUUGGGCUUCAGGGACGAAAUCCAGUGCCACAUCGCCAACAUCGUGAGAGAGUACGCCGGGAAGGUGGUCCCCCUGGGGAGCAGAGCCAAGGCUGACUACACCGUGGUCCCCCUCCUGGGGUGUGACGCGGAAGCCACUGUGGGAGAAGUGGUCACCAACACGUGGCUGGUUACCUGCAUAGACUAUCAGAUUUUAGUUGAUCCCAAGUCAAAUCCUCUCUUCACACCCGUUCCAGUGGUGGCGGGAGCGGCUCCUCUACACAGCUGUGUCAUUUCCUUCAGCCAGUGUGUGGGCGCAGAGAAAGAUUCUUUGAUAUUCUUAGCGAAUCACCUUGGAGCAAGCGUUCAGGAAUACUUCGUUCGCAAGCCGAAUGCGAAGAAAGGCAUGCUCGCCAGCACGCACCUCGUGCUGAAGGAACCGGUGGGUUCUAAGUACGAGGCUUCCAAGAAGUGGAGUUUACCAGCCGUCACCAUCGCUUGGCUGCUGGAGUCCGCUAGGACGGGACAGAGAGCGGAGGAAAGCCGAUUUCUGAUCGCCAGUCUGCCCAGAGAAGAGCACAGCUUGGCAAAUGGACUCGCCAACGGCGUGCCUUGUGCGGCCCAGCCUGGCGCGGCAGCAGUGGCGGGGCCCCGCGGGAAACCCGCCGUGUCUCCCUUGGACAUGAACCGCUUCCAGAGCAAGGCGUUCCAGGCGGUGAUGCUGCAGCACGCCGGCCCGGCCCCGGCCCCGGCCCCGGCCGCGGCCUCCCCGCCCGGGGCACAGCGGCUGCAGAAGGAGCCGUCCCUGCACCUGGACACGCCCUCCAAGUUCCUCUCCAAGGACAAGCUCUUCAAGCCUGCCUUUGACGUGAAGGAUGCACUGGCAGUUCUGGAAACCCCGGGAGGCCCUAGCCAACACACAAGGAAGCUGAGCACCCCGCUGUCGGAGGUCAUCGUCAGGAGCCUGAAGCUCGCUUUGGCAAACAGCUCUCGGAGUGCUGCUCCGUGCGCCAGCCCUCCGCUCAAGGCCGCCCGCGCAGAGGAGGAAGAGGCCGCCAAGCCGCUUGCCGGCGUGGUGGUGUGCGUCAGCAAGAAGCUGGGCAAGAAGCAGAGCGAGCUGAACGGGCUGGCCGCCUCCCUCGGGGCGGAUUACAGGUGGAGUUUUGAUGAGACCGUGACUCACUUCAUCUAUCAAGGCCGCGCGAACGACACAAAUCGCGAGUUCAAGUCUGCGCGAGAGCGGGGCGUGCACGUGGUCUCGGAGCACUGGCUUCUCGAGUGUGCCCGAGAGGGCAGGCGGCUCCCCGAGUCCCUGUACCCGCACACCUACAACCCCAAGAUGAGCCUGAACAUCGGCGCCCUCCAGGACAGCAGGCCGUGCGCCGGCCGCGCGCCCUCAGCCGCACGUGCAGCCCAGCAGGACGCGCCAGACUGCUCUCCUGAGGACGACGACCACGCGGACCCCGGGACCGCCACCGACGACGAGCCGGCCCCGGCGAGCGACAGCGCAGACGAGAAAGGAGCCCUGACGCAGACUCUGGAGAUGCGAGAGACCUUCCAGCGGCAGCUGCAGGAGAUCAUGUCCGCCACCUCCCUGGUGAAGCCGCCGGCGCCCCGCCCCGCCCUCGCGCCCAGCGGCUGCCCCAGCACCGCCUCCACCCCUGACAACCUGCGCGCCGUGCGCAGCAGCCGCAGCCGCGUCCUGGAGGCGCUCAGGCAGUCUCGACAGAGCGAGCCUGACGUCAACACAGAGCCCUCCCAGAGCGAGCAGAUCAUCUGGGAUGACCCCACGGCCCGGGAGGAGCGCGCGCGGCUGGCCAGCAGCCGGCAGUGGCCCGGCUGCCCCACGCCGCGCCCCGAGCCUCGUGUGGACCUCAAUGGGUUGGCGGACCCGGCUGUGUGGGAGCCUGUGCGUGACGCGGACGGGACCGAGCAGGCUGUCUGCGACCCCGGAUACACCUCUGUGAUCGAAGCCCCGGGACCUGUGAUCUCCGACGAAGUGGAGUUCCCAACAAAAGCCAAACGUGAGGAUCACCUGAUCCCAACGCCUCAGGCCCCCAGCAUUGCCUUCCCCCUGGCUCACCCUCCUGUGGCUCCACGCCCUAAAGAACAGAUCCUAACGCUGGAGGAGACGCGUGGCGAUCUCAGGAAGCAGUACAUAUUCCAGCUGUCCUCCCUCAACCCCCAGGAGCGCAUCGAUUAUUACCAUCUCAUUGAAGAGCUAGGCGGGUCGGUGAUCGAGAAGCAGUGCUUCGACCCCAGCUGCACACACAUCGUCGUGGGGCACCCGCUGCGCAACGAGAAGUUCCUGGCGUCCGUGGCCGCGGGCAAGUGGGUUGUGCACCGCUCCUUCAUGGAAGCGUGCCGCGCCGCGGGCCGCUUCGUGCCGGAGGAAGACUACGAGUGGGGGAGCAGCUCCAUCCUGGAGGCGCUGGGCAGCGCGUCCGAGCAGCAGCGGAGGCUCGCGCGCGCCGCCGUGCGGUGGCGGAAAACCAUCCAGGAGCGGCAGCAGGCGGGCGGCGCCGAGGGGGCAUUCAGCGGGUGGAAGGUCAUCUUGCACGUGGAGCAGUCCCGAGAGGCGGGGUUCAAGCGCCUUCUCCAGUCGGGAGGAGCCAAGGUGCUGUCCGGCCACGCCGCGUCUCUGUUUAAAGAGGCCACGCAUCUCUUCUCUGACCUGCACAAGCGGAAGGCCGAGGGCUCGGGCGUCGACGUGGCGGAGGCCGCCGCCCAGGCCGUGCGCUGCUUGCGCACCGAGUACAUCGCCGACUAUCUCAUGCAGGAGUCCCCUCCUUGUAUAGCAAACUACUGCCUCCCAGAAGCCGUCCCCUUCCUGCAGAAUAAGGAACCUGCAGCAUCGCAGAAGAGGAAAGCUGCCGAGGUGGUGGAGAAAAGCAAGGUGAAGCGACCUCGCUAGACAGGGCCCCGUGACCAGACAUCCAAGAAAGCCUCUGUAUUAUAUAUAUAUGUGUGUAUGUAUAUUAACUACCACGAUGGAUGGAUUUGUGUAGUAUAAUGAUAGAAGUUUCAGUCGCCUUAAUAAAGUUACAAA